CCUCCCUCCCGCGGAGCCUGCGGCGGGGAUGCUGUUCUCGCUGCGGGAGCUGGUGCAGUGGCUGGGCUUCGCGCCGUUCGAGCUGCUGCUGCAGGCGGCGGCGCUGCUGGCGACGUCGGGGCUGCUGGCGCUGAAGGCGGACGGCGCGGCGGCCGGGCUGAGCUGGUGGAGCGUCUUCGCGCCGCUCUUCGCCGCCGACGGGCUGAGCACCUACUUCACGGCCAUCGUGUCGGUGCGGCUGUUCCAGGACGGCGAGAAGCGCCUGGCCGUGCUGCGUCUCUUCUGGAUCCUGACGCUGCUCAGCCUGAAGUUCGUCUUCGAGAUGCUGCUGUGCCAGAAGCUGGGCGAGCAGAGCCACGAGCCGCUCUGGUACGGGCUCAUCAUGUCGCCCGUCUUCAUCCUGCUUCAGCUCCUUAUGAUCCGCGCCUGCCGAGUCAAUUAGCAGCAGCAGCAGCAGCAGGGGGAAGAGGAGGCGGCGGCGGCGACGCCUUGCCAGGAAUGACCGGGCCCCUCUCGACCGGGACUCUACUGGAAGACGCUCUGACCGGCCGAGGACUGAAAGCUCACGCCAAGACCGCAAGGCCUCUCCCUGCCCUCACGGGUAACACUUCUUGUGCUCUGGGGGGUAUGGCAGCUCCUUAUCCUGUUCUGCCGUUGGACUCUGAUUUCUGAGGGCCAGAAGAUCUGGGCGAGUUCUGAUUAAAAUCAAGAAUAAAAUAUGUAGAGCCAGUA